GUUUGGAUCCACCUCCGCGGCGAAGACUUAGGCCACUCCGAUUACAAGUUCUCCAGCUCCCAGCGUGUGCACUUCGUUGCUGAGGCCGACGACAGUGUCGUGCCGAAGCUGAAGGAAGCGCUUGAAAGAAGGUCAGCUGGUGAAGUAGAGCCCAGUGCCCAGGCGUUGUCUCUUACUGUCCGGAGGCUUCAUGACAUCCACGACAACAUAAUCCAGACCCUGAAAGAGCGACUUGGAAAGAUCAGCGUGGGAAGGGUGGUGGUCGAAGAGACCGAGAUCGGGGCCGGGAAUUUGAAGAUCCAUGGAUGCAGGAUCCAAUCUGAGGUGGGCAAACAGAACGAAGCGCUGGAGACUUUGCACCAUGCCAUCCUGCACAAGCGCUGGAAGAACCAGUGGCCACCUCCUGAGAUCGGUGACCGCGUCGAGCUUCAGAAGAUGCGUUUUGCAAGAGAAGGUCUCCACCAAUACCGCGCGACAUGCCAAGCUGCGAACAUCCAAUCGCUGGAACAGGUCGUCCGAGUUUUCCGCAAGGCCGCGGAAGAGAAGGUGAACCAGGCCAAGAAGGAACAGGCCGGCAGCUUCAGUUUGCAUUCGGACAUGCUGCCGGAGCCAUUCACAUUUCAUGAGGAGUCUGUUCAACAGAUGUCGAGCACAUGUGCAGGUAACGGUGUUUAA